AGUGCAAACUCGAAACAACCAUGUUGUUGCCUCAGUUGCUCACCUUCUUCACCACCACCUUCAUCAUUUUGGUCUUCUCAACCACCGCCGCCGACCUUUCACUCCCUCACCCUCUCAUCUCCUUCCUUGAAAGCCUCCCAAAAUCCUCACAGCGCCUGCUUCUCUGGAACAACACCCUGCCACCCUGCCAAUGGCCGGGUGUCUCCUGCUCUUCCAACUCAACAAGCAUCACCUCAAUCGACGUCUCGAGCCUCGGCCUCUCCGGCCAACUCUCCUCCUCCGCUCCCCAUCUCUGCCGUAUCACCACCCUCCGUGAGAUCAUUCUCAGCUACAACAACUUCUCCGGCCCUAUUCCCCCUUCCCUCUUCCACUGUCCUUCACUCACCAGCCUCCGCCUUGGCUUCAACUCCCUCUCCGGUCCCAUCCCUCCAGACGUCCUCUUCGCCACGCAUCUCACCAAGCUCAACCUUCGCAGCAACUUCCUCUCUGGCAGCAUUCCCAAACAACUCCUCUUCCACCUCCCCAACCUCCAAGUUCUAAAUCUAUACACUAACAAUCUCACUGGCCCUUUACCUGACUUCCCACCUUCAUGCUCUGUUUACAAGCUCUAUCUCAACGAAAACAUACUCUCUGGCCCUCUCCCUCCUACUCUUUCCAACUGCGUCAACCUCACCGAUUUUUUCGUUUCUUCAAACAAGCUCUCAGGAGUAAUCACUAGUGAUGCAUUUGUGGGUCUUCGGAAUCUGCAGUACCUCUUCAUGGAUUUCAAUGACUUCACCGGCGAGUUGCCGAGGAGUUUGUUUGGUCUCACUAGUUUGACCAAGCUGAUCCUUUCUAAAAACCAGUUUAAUGGCACUAUACCUGAAGGCAUUGGCCAACUUCAGUCUCUGACCGAGAUUUUCCUCUGGGGGAACAAUCUCACCGGCCCCAUUCCUCGCUCUGUAGGUACUCUUGCACUUCUGAAAAAACUGGAGCUUUCAACUAACCAGCUUGUGGGGCCUUUACCACCUGAGAUUGGGAACUGCAGUUCCUUGGUUGAACUUCAGCUUCAAUAUAAUCUCAUCGGAGGUCCUAUCCCGCCCGAGAUUUCCAAUCUGGAGAAGCUGGAGAAGUUCUACCUCUUUGCUAACAAGUUGGAGGGAAUCAUUCCACCGCAGAUUGGAAAUAUGACCAGUCUCAUCGACUUGCAGCUUUACAGCAACAGCUUGAGUUUCCGGAUUCCUGCAGAGGUCGUUUACUUGAGGAACUUGAGGUAUAUGUCAUUGGCUUUCAACAAGCUUUCCGGCGAGGUGCCUGGGGAACUUGGCCGGAACUUGUCCUAUGGUUUGGUGAAGUUGGACUUGACUGGAAAUGAUUUCCAUGGGCCAAUACCUCCAUAUCUCUGUGAAGGGGGUAAACUCAAUGUUUUGGUUAUCGGGAUUAAUCGAUUCAAUGGUAGUUUUCCUACCAGCAUUGCCGGGUGUUCUUCUCUUCGGAGGUUUACUUUGAAAAACAAUCUUCUCCAUGGAAGCAUACCUGAUAAUAUGCCUGCAAAUCCUGGGAUUUCAUACAUGGACCUCAGUAAUAACUUUUUUGACGGCCAUAUUCCUUCUAUUCUUGGUUCUUGGACCAACCUUUCAAUGCUAAAUAUAUCCAAUAAUCUUCUAUCUGGGUCCAUCCCUCCUGAACUUGGCAAUCUCAAGAAACUGGGAAAGCUCUCGCUUUCUGCAAACAAACUGAAUGGAUCCAUACCUUCUGAAUUAGGCAACUGCACAGAGCUUCUGGAGUUGGUCCUUAGUAAUAACCUUCUUUCAGGGAGAAUUCCUGCGGAGGUUGUGGUAUUGGACAAACUGAGGAAUCUAUUGCUCUCUGGGAACAAAUUCUCUGGAGGUAUACCUGAUUCUUUUACACCAACUCAAGAUCUUUUAGAAUUGCAGCUUGGUGACAAUAUGGUUGAAGGCUCCAUUCCUUCCAGUUUAGGUAGUCUUCAGUACAUUUCCACUGCUCUCAACCUCAGUAGUAAUAGAUUGAAUGGUAGCAUUCCACCUAGUAUUGGCCAACUUCGUGGCCUGGAAGUGCUUGACCUGUCCAACAAUUUCUUGUCUGGUGAGAUCCCUUCAAGAUUGAGUGACAUGGUUGCUCUUACCUUUGUGAAUGUUUCUUCUAAUCAACUCUCUGGUAGACUACCUGAGGGCUGGAUUAAGUUUUUAAAUUCAUCACCAGAUUCAUUUUCAGGUAAUCCAGCACUAUGUAUAGUUGGCAAUUAUUAUUGCCAAAAGGAAGCAAAAGAACAUGGCCAUGAAAUUCACUGGGCAAUAAUACUUGUUAUUGUUGUUCUUGGUAUAAUUUUCUGUUUAGUAGGAAUGCGCAUAGCCACAUAUGUUGCAGCUGGGAGAGCACAGGAUGGUUCUUCUCAUCUUCCAUCGUCCAUUCGUAGUGUUGACUCGGUGGCAGACUUCCCUGAAGAUCUUACAUAUGAGGAUAUAUUGCGAGCUACUGAAAACUUGAGUGAGAAGUAUGUGAUUGGGAGAGGAAAACAUGGUACUGUUUACCGGACAGAGUUUGAGGCUGGAAAACUCUGGGCUGUGAAGAGGGUCGAUUUGUCACAGUCCUGUUUCAUACUUGAAAUGAAGGUUUUGAGUUCAGUGAAGCACCGAAAUCUAGUGAAGGUGGCAGGCUAUUGUGUGAAAGAUGGAUUCGGUAUGAUAAUUUAUGAGUACAUGCCUGGUGGCACUCUUUUUGAUACUCUACAUGACAGGAAAACACAAGUUGCAUUGGAUUGGGAAACCCGGCAUCGAAUUGCUUUAGGCAUAGCGCAAGGUCUUUCUUAUCUUCACCAUGAUUGUGUGCCGCGGAUAGUUCAUAGAGAUGUUAAAUCUAACAACAUACUGAUGGAUUCUGACUUGGAACCAAAGAUUGGAGACUUUGGAACAGCAAAACUAUUAGGUGAUGCAGAAUCAAGCUCAACAGUGUCUGUGGUUGUAGGAACUCUUGGUUACAUUGCUCCAGAGAUUGGAUAUUCGACCAAAGUGACAGAAAAAUCAGAUGUUUACAGCUAUGGAGUUGUUCUGUUAGAACUUCUUUGCCGGAAAUUGGCAGUGGAUCCAAAUUUUGGAGAUGGUGUUGAUAUCGUGACCUGGAUAAGAUCAAAACUAGAAAAUGCAGAUAUGUUUAGCCGUCUCUCUUUGCUUGAUGUGGAGAUGCAGUACUGGAUGGAAGAUGAGAAAAAUAAAGCGCUCGAACUAUUGGAUUUAGCUAUUUCAUGCACCAAGGUAGCAUUUGAAGCAAGGCCCUCCAUGAGAGAAGUUGUGGGAAUGCUGAUGAAGAUGAAGGGUAGAGAAAUUAAGGAAGAUAAGAAGAAGGCCUCUUUCUAAUGGACGUGUGCUUUGAUAUGCAAUAGUAACAACCGCUCGAAGUCUACUAGUCUAUUAUUGUGAUGAUAUAUAGUAUGUAAAUUCUUCAAACCAUGUGCAACUAUUUGGAUCACUGGCACUUUGACCACAAUUGGUCACCUCUGCUCCUUUUGUUCUGAUUCACAGAGGGGCCAAAUGUUCAGCUUUGGUCAUUGUGAUCCUUUGCAAGGAUUAAAGUUGUUCAGAUUGUCUCCUUUGUAAAUUAGUCACUGUAGCGCCAGAGCCACUUGAGUUAAGUGGCGAGUGGCACUCAAAAUAAAUUGUUCAUGUGGCACUCUUUCAACAAACAAUAAAAAUAAAAGAAUUACUGUA